GCUCCUCUCUCAAACCCGCUGCCAUCUCAGUGGCGGAAAUGUUGGAGUUGGGGUGGGUCGACUUUGAGGUGACAUUGACGCUAUGUAGAUGAGAGUGAGAACCCUGCGCUCCAUGUUACGUCCCUGCUCGCUUCAACUCAAACGGCGGCAGCUCCUUUCCCCGUCUUCUCUCCCUGCCUCUCUUUCAGCACCACUCCUUUAAGGACAGCACCUCGCUCUCAAACACGCACUUGUCCACCAUCCUCUCCCUCCUUCAGGAUCAAAUGUCUGCUCCUUGACGGAUGCAAAGUUUCCACCUUGGCUUCGCCGAGCGCGAGUAAAAGGAAGUAACUUUUUUGGGGGGGAACAUUGGAUAUUUCCCCGGUGGGAAACAACCGCACAAACAAGCUGUGAUUUUACUGGUCUCUUUCUCGCCCUCGUACCUCAUCACUCAGACCUUCAAUCAUCCCUUUUCUCACGGCUUCUCUCUGGGGACUACGAUAGUGCAGGACGGAUACGCCGCGCUCUGUCUGGACUGGUGCUGAAACCACCAUCUCUACGUUGGGCAGGACCUUCCAACACAGACCUUCAGUAUGGCCACAAACGGAACCAAAGCCUCGGACGGACACGUCUUAACCGAGACCGUGAACGACGCGCCCAGCACCACGCCAAAUGACAAACCCAAAACACUGGUGGUGAAGGUGCAGAAGACGAAAAAGGACAUACCCGAAAGAGAAACGUGGGGUGGGAAAUUUGACUUUCUCCUCUCUUGUGUCGGAUACGCAAUCGGACUGGGAAAUGUGUGGAGAUUUCCUUACUUGUGUGGGAAAAACGGCGGAGGGGCCUUCUUGAUUCCCUACUUUUUGACGCUGGUAUUUGCUGGCAUGCCCCUAUUCUUUCUGGAGACGGCUCUCGGUCAAUACACUUCUAUUGGAGGUCUCGGAGUGUGGAAGCUGGCCCCAAUGUUCAAAGGUGUGGGUCUGGCUGCUGCUGUUCUAUCUUUUUGGCUCAAUAUCUAUUACAUUGUAAUCAUUGCUUGGGCUAUUUACUAUCUGUACAACUCCUUCACCACUGACCUGCCAUGGAAGACAUGUGGCAACGCCUGGAACACAGAUCGCUGCUACACUAACUACACCAUCGCAGACACGACAAACCUCACCAGUGCUGUGGUGGAGUUCUGGGAACGUAACAUGCACCAGCUGACGGACGGUUUGGAAAAGCCUGGGGAGGUCAGGAUUCCACUUGCCAUCACUCUCGCCAUUGCAUGGGUGCUCGUCUAUUUCUGUAUCUGGAAGGGGGUCAGCUGGACAGGCAAAGUUGUCUACUUCUCGGCAACAUACCCUUACUUUAUGCUGUUCAUCCUGUUUUGCCGUGGCGUCACUCUGCCUGGAGCUUUUGACGGGAUUCUCUUCUACAUCACACCAGACUUCCAGAAACUCAAAGAGUCUGAGGUAUGGCUCGAUGCUGCCACGCAGAUCUUCUUUUCCUACGGUCUGGGAUUAGGUUCUCUGAUUGCGCUCGGCAGCUACAAUCCCUUCAAUAACAACGUCUACAGAGAUUCUAUCAUUGUCUGCUGCAUCAACUCCUUCACCAGUAUGUUUGCUGGCUUUGUCAUCUUUUCCAUUGUGGGAUUCAUGGCUAAUGUAACAAAGAGGCCAAUUGCUGAUGUGGCGGCCUCAGGACCUGGCCUGGCAUUUUUGGCAUAUCCUGAAGCCGUCACCCAGCUGCCUGUCUCUCCUCUCUGGGCCAUAUUAUUUUUCUCCAUGCUGCUGAUGCUGGGAAUCGACAGCCAGUUCUGCACUGUGGAAGGUUUCAUCACUGCACUGGUUGAUGAGUUUCCUCACAUCCUCCGAAAGCGUAGAGAAAUCUUCAUCGCUGUCGUCUGCCUUGUUUCUUAUAUUAUUGGCCUGUCCAACAUCACACAGGGUGGACUGUAUGUGUUUAAGCUCUUUGACUACUACUCAGCGAGUGGGAUGUCCCUGCUUUUCCUGGUCUUCUUUGAGUGUAUCUCAAUUUCAUGGUUCUACGGUGUGAAUAAAUUCUUUGACAACAUUGAGGAAAUGAUUGGCUACAGGCCCUGUCUGUGGUGGAAGGCCUGCUGGGUUGUUUUCACUCCUCUCAUUGUGGCUGGAGUGUUCUUGUUCAGUGCAGUGCAGAUGGUUCCCCUUACUAUGGGAGAUUAUGUGUUCCCUAGCUGGGGUCAGGGAGUUGGUUGGUUCAUGGCCCUAUCCUCCAUGAUUCUCAUCCCAGGCUACAUGGGCUACAUGUUCCUGACACUCAAAGGCACCUACAAAGAGCGCCUGCGCAUGAUGAUCAAACCUCUGACUCUGGUGAAGGCUCAGGAAAAUGGCCCAGAUCAGCAGGCAGAAAGCCAGAAUCAAAACCCUGCCAAUGAGGAAGCAUACAUCUAAAAAGAAAUAACUAAGCUCUGCCUGCCUCUCUGUUUGAACGGCCAGACUGGCGCUGCACCGUAAUCAAGGUUGGGAACAACCACUAGACUUCUACGUCUGCUUUUAUUCACCUACCUCCUGGGGACAUGUGAAACCAACCUGAUUACAUGGUUAUUUUAAAGGGGGUUGUUCUGUUUCUUUAUUUUUAUAAUACAGAGAUAUAAAACUUAUGAAGAAGAAGAAGAAACAAAAACAGCAAAGUUGUUGUGAUAUUUUGAAUUUCAUUAUGCAAAAGUUUAGCCCUCUUAGAAAAAGCAAAUGUGACUUAGAGAACUACUGUAUAUUGAAGAUAUAUAAUUUAAAUCCGAAGGCCCUCAUUGAUUCAAUAAUAUCACUAUGAAAAUUAUAAUAGUCAACUAAUCUCAAAAUACUGUACAAAGAAAAUUGUGAGUAAAAUGUAUUUUAUUUUGUAAAUGAGAUAAAUACUUUAAAAUGAAUGGAGUGUAGCUGUUAAACAAAAAGCAAAAGUUUUAUGGAUUAAAAGUUUAAUAUAGAUCAAUUUCAAGCAAAGACAAUAUGGGAAUGUGCAACAGGUAAGGCCAAAUCUGUUUGUAUGUGUAAAUUAUAUCUUAGCCAGACUAUCACUCCCUUGCAGAAUCGCGCACCUCUUUGGAAAUGUUUACUACUCUUGUUGGGGGCUACAUUAGAAAAGCACAAGUACCUUGUGGUAUUUUGAAUACUUCUUUUUGGCAUGACUGAAACCUGUGACAACAGCAAAAAUAACUUAUAUAAGAUACUUAACAAGACUGUUAUGACUGUUUUAUUUGUUUUCUAAAGAACAUAUAAUUUGUAUGUUGUCUCCGUUUAGGGUCAUUUUUUUAGAUUAUUUUCUAUACGUGAACGUGAGAAGGACCAAAUUGCUUGCUAUCAUUUGAACAUUUUGUGUAGGCGUUUUACCUGCAGACUAAAUAUGGAUAGAAUAAUGCACCCUUUUGAUGCAGAAAAGCAAUAGUUAGGAAAAAUAAAACAGCAUCAGUGUACAAGCACAAGGUUAUUCUACAGACUAAAGCCUCUAAUAUGAAAGGUAUAGCCAUGUUAGAAAUCCCACAGUUGCUCUGUGCUCUUUACGGUUCCAUUUUGAAAGCAAUUGUUUGAAAAAUGUAUAUUUUUAAGUAACUGGGGGAUGGUUAAGAGGGGAUAAAGUACUGAGUGAAGCAGUUACUGCAUGCUGCCUUGACAGGCACCCAGCGUUGGCGGUAGAAAAAUGGAUUUCUGUGACAGCUACCGAUGUUCUGCCUGUUCUUGUUUACUUGUAAAUCUGUCUAGUAACCCACUCCUCAGGAACAAAUGUAGAUAUGACAAAACAGUUUUAGGCCCCAACUUGAUUCACCAAAAGAAUUAUAACUCUAUCUAGAAAAAUGUAGUCAUUGAAACCUGUCCAAAAAUUCUUCAUGAAUUUUUCUGUCCAAAAAAAAUUCAUGAAGAAUUUAACAUCUUAUCAUCUUUGUGAUAAGAUACUAUGUGCUUUCUUGUUCUUAAAGCACUAACUUGUCAUGUCAUGUAAUAGACAUGAUAUGACAAGUUUGGGUGAAAAUUACAUGGCGUUACUGUAUUUCAACAAAUAUUUGAAACAUACAAAUAUCACAUUAUCCAAUUACUUUCUUAAAUAGACAAGUAAUACCUAUUUCUGCAGCUACCAAACUAAUGUAAGAUAUUGAUUACAUUUUAAAUAUAAUAUCAGUGAUUCCCUGUUAUAACAUAAACCACUUCAUAAAUGCCAUCUUGACAGAUUUUCUACAACAGUAACUCUGCAAGACAUGGGCAUUUUAACUCUGUUGUAUGAUAUCUUCAAAACUCCCAUUAACAAGCAAAAAAUUAAUUACAGUGUUUUGAAUUUAUUCCUGAAAUAUUGUCAAACUGGGAUUGAUGUCAAUCCCAACCCAAGUUCAUAUUUCAGACUUGUAAUGAAUGCAGCAUAAGCAUCCAAUCUGUGGUUCUUUUACCAGACAAAUGCUAUAAGUAGCCCAAAGGUAAAAGACAGUAUCAGUACAAAGAUUCCUCAUCACUCUAUGUUUUGUUCAGCCAGCAAUAUUUCCAAACAAUUGGAUUUAUCUUUAGGAAAAAGUGUUUUAGCUUUUUUUCAGGUAACUGUCAAGCACUUUCAUUGUGGCACUUUCUCAAGCAUCUCAUUAAAACCAGCAGGAAGACAAUGAGAGAAAAGUAAUGUGAACGUUGAUGUGUCUGGAUACCAGUAAACUAUACCUGUUCUGUAAUGGUCCAUCUGGAAUAAGGUGUAUAUAUAUAUCAUUAAUUAAUUCUCAGAGCGAGGAGCUUUUUUAUCAACCAGAGGACUAAAUACUGUUAGCAUAAAAACACACAAGCACAUGCCACAUAGGCCACCAACUCAAGCUAUGAAGAAAAGAGAAACAUUGCAUAUCUAAUAAUACUUUAUUCUGUGAAUGAUUCCAGUAUAAAAGCAAACAUGGAUUUUAACUUUAUCACAAACUACUAACAAGGUGACAAAGAAGGAUCAAGACAACAUGCUAUUAUGGCAGCUACAUACAGCAGGUACCAGGCUGAAUCAUUCCCAUUCCUUAAAACUGUACUGACUUUUUUUUUUUUAAAUAUAUGAAUCAAAAUGUGCAAUGAUGCAAGGGUUCCAUGAAUUUUGUAUAAAGUUAACACACCGCAUUUUCUCUCUUGAAUGAUAUUGUAAACUGGACUGUGUAAUACAUGUAUCUGUAAAUGUCCGUAUACACUGAGUUUUUCUUUAUUCUGUCUAAAUGUUGAAUGGAAAAAAUGUGACAAGUUUUGCUGUUUUCUGCAAUAAUACUGUCUCAGAAAUUAAGGCACAUAUCUCUCUCCACUGUAAAAAUUAUGACAACAAUUACAGAAUAGAGUAAUAAUAAAAAGAUAAUAAUAAUAAUAAUAAU